AUGUCCCAAAAGCACAGUUUCCGCAAAAGCGCACCACAGUAUACCCGACAGUUCAAGAAGUGGGGAUUCAAAAAGAACUUGACCGAUGAAGACUGGAAAUUCGUUGCGCGUCGUCGCGCGAAGCGGAAAAGAGACGGAAAAGACCCGGGCGAGGUCAGGGUGCACAGCAACCUCAUUCCUGAAUCAAAGGUCAGAAAGGAAACAGCGCGUCAUGUUUCGUUAUUGUCGCAGUGUCUGUGGAUGGGAGACCCUGACCCCAAGACCCCUGAAGGGGUUGUUGUGGGUACGCCCCGAGCAGAAAUCGACGGUACUGCGCCCCAGGAUUCCGCGAACGUCCUUGCGAUGGACUGCUGCCAACAGGGUGUGAGCGUGGAUGGUAUCAAUGCUGGAACUCCAGCAAUGUUCCAAUCCACCGAUCGGGACCCUCUCGCCUUCCACAUUGAGCUCCCGGACCUGGGUUAUUCACAGUUUUCUUUCCAAGGGAAUGAGGAACCCACCGCAACUCUUUCCUAUCUCGGGGAUGCCACCUUGGAACAUCAUCUGCCUCUAACGUCUGCUAGGACAUCAACAUCUACAAAUGCAAGCACACAUACUCGCUACGACGUUGAUUCCAUCAGCAAGGCCAUUGAAAAAGAGACCCGCCGGGUACUCUUAUUGCAAGUAGGUCCGUACAGCGCUUCUGAUUCCGACGAUCUAACCUCAGUCCUGUUGGAGCCUAUCACCGUAGGGGAUGCAAGUCGCAAUUUGACAAGACGAACAAAGGCUAUAUUUCAAUCGGCCUCCCCGGAGAAUUUCUCUCAAUAUCUCAGUCUCUGCGUCUACCUGUCAUCCAAUAAUAUGAUGAAUGAGGUAUCAACGGACACUCUGGUAUCUCUUAUCAAGAAAAGCGGCUCUCAGUCAAAACUUAGAGCCCUCCUGAAAUCAACGACCACGGCAAUCGAGAUAUUCAUGAGCAACCUAUCAGCUAGUGCGGCAGCCGUGGGAGACAUUGAGAUCUGUCGAAUCCUUCUCGAGGCUGGAGCCGACCUAGAUGCACCUAGUGGGCCGACAGGCAUGCGAACAACGGCUCUUCACCGAGCAUCCGAGAACAAUGACGCGGAGUGUGCAAGGAUGCUGCUGGAAGCCGGUGCAGACCCCAAUUUAGCAGUGGAGGGGGAGACACCACUACACACUGCAUGCUAUAACUCCGAAGCACUUGAUAUUGUGAACCUUUUGCUCCAAUUUGGUGCUUAUGUUAAUCCGCCGCAAGCCUGUGCCCGACUCACGCCUCUGCAACUUGCUGUCAAGAAUGGGGAGCCAAACUUGGUGCAACUCCUUCUUGAUAACAAAGCCAACCCGAACUCUUUUACAACCUCUAAGAGAGGCACACCUCUACAAAUGGCAUGCCGUAACUCUGCCAAUGCCGAAAUAGUCGAGCUUUUAGUCGCUGCAGGCGCGAACAUUGAUUCUCGCUCAAUUUACCGAUAUGAUAAUCGAACCUUCGAUUAUCUUGGGGACGGCGAUGCAGACUCCGAUUUAGAAGACGAAUCAUGCUGGUGCAUUGAGGAUUGUAUUUGUGUUCCCGAUUCCUGUAAGCCAGCCAUCCUUAUAGCGGCGGAAAACGAGAAUUGGGAGGUGGUCCAGAUUCUGUUGGAGGAAGAAGCUGCUGUUAACGCCAGCUUGAAGAAAUGCCCACCUAAAGUCCUAGAUCACGAACUUGAAAGACACAGCCGGAGCUUUGGUAGUAUCCCGGCCGUAUUUACACCGUUGCAAGCAGUGGUCCGGGCAGAGAAUAUCACCAUGACUCGCAUGCUUUUGAGCGCGGGAGCUCAUAUCGACGAGAGGCCGGAAGGAAAGUAUGGCCACACCGCGCUCCAGAUAUCUGCCAUGGUCGGGAAUAAAAGGAUCACUGAAAUUCUUUUGCGGAAAGGAGCGGACGUCAAUGCCCCAGCGGGCGUCUAUUGUGGAAGGACGGCACUUCAGGCUGCUGCUAUACAUUCGGAUACGACGGUGUUGAGCAUCUUGCUUAGGCACGGGGCAGAUGUAAAUUCUCCGCCGGCCUUACGCGAAGGCAAAACUGCCCUGCAAACAGCAGUCGCCGCGGGUAACAGCGAAGGGGUCAGGAUUCUUCUUGAUGCAAAUGCAGCUGUCAAUACCAACCUAAUUCGCACUGCAGGGGUCACAGCUCUCCACGAAGCUGUCCAAAUCACAGACUCGACAAUAAGGAAUGAAAUAGUCCACCUACUGCUGCGCGCAGGCGCAAAUACUGAGGGUCUCGACUACACGCAAUACGACCCUCUUCAUGCCGCAGUAAGACAAGGAGACCUGGAACUGACAAGGAAGCUCCUGAAGAAGGGCGCAAACGCGAAUGUAGGGUUUUGUGCGCAGGCAAGCCUAACCCCUCUGCAGCAAGCUUCGGCCCGAGGCGAUGAAGACCUAGUCCGCAUAUUGAUAGGCCACGGAGCAGAUGUCAACGGCCCGCCUUGCCGAUCUGGAGGACGUACAGCCUUACAGGCAGCAGUUGAAAACGGCCAUGUGUCUACGGCGAAGAUGCUAUUGGAGUCUGGCGCGAAGAUCAAGUCACACAGAGCUGAAUCUCGCGGAAUCUCAGUGAUGGAAGCUGCCGCCGAGAAAUGUGAUCAAGAGCUAGUCCAGCUUUUCCUCGAUAGAGAACCGGACAUCAUAUCAUCUGACCCCAUCACGAAGAGUCAAGUUAUAGGGCUAGCUCUGGACAGCUGGGAAUGCGACGUGCCUUUGCUGGAGCUGCUGUUCAAGGGAGGAGCAGCCGUUAACAAUAACCCGGGCACUCAGUCGAAGCCAUUUCUUCAAAUUGCAGUAGAAAGACACAGCUUUAGAAAGGUGCAGUGUCUGCUUUCCGCAGGGGCCAACGUAAACCACCGCUGGGAAAGCACCUCUCCUGGCAAUGUCACGGCUCUUCAGGCCGCCGUUUCUAGGCGGAAUAUCGACAUGGUCCAGUUACUGCUCGAAAGGGGCGCCGACGUUAAUGCACCGGCAAACAAGCAUGGAGGGAAGACUGCCCUGCAAACAGCAGUGUCAGAGAACGAUCGAGUUAUGACGGAGCUCCUGGUGCAUCAUGGGGCUGAUGUCAACGGCAUGCCCAGUCCAGUGAGAGGCCGGACUGCUCUCCAAGAGGCUGCAAGCUCGGGUUAUGUGCAGCUCUCUGAAUAUCUGCUGGCUCAUGGAGCCGAUGCCAAUGCUCCAGCAGCACAUUUGGGUGGUGUCACAGCCUUGCAAGGGGCCGCGAUACGCGGCAACAUUCGCAUUGUGAUGAUGCUACUUCAGGCCGGGGCAGAUGUCAAUGGAGCACCUGCCAUUGAGCAGGGAGUAAAUGCCAUUGAGGCCGCUGCGGGGAAUGGCCGGCUUGACACUUUGCAUCUCCUGUUGAACUAUCACCCGGAUACCGAAGAGUUUGAGAUCAAGAGAAAACGAGCGGCGAAACUGGCACAGGCAAAUGGCCACCUGGCCAUUGGGAAAUUUCUGCUGGCUUAUCGCAAACAUCCUUGA